ACAUAUGGGGCAGGUGGAAAGCUGCCUAGCUUACCACUCUUGUCUAUCUACUGCCCAAAGGACAGACAGAGUUAACUUAGCUUUUUUGAGUCUUGAACAUUUUGGAGACACUGCUGAGCAACUUGGGAGCUGGAGAAAAUAGACGAAUAGGUUUACAGGUUUCUAUUAAUAGUUCUCUUUGUGCUGUGUUUCUUGUGCAGCUAUGGCUUCCGUAUCCAUAGCCGGCUGCCUGCUGACCCAAAAUCAGUAUUAUCGAAAAUCCAGUAUUUCUUCAGUAAAUUCUUUCUCUGGCUCUGACCCUGCACACUUAACAGAUGUAGAGAAAGCCCAUCAAGGGUUACCUGAAGCAGCUGAAUCAACCUGGUGGUUCAAAUCUUUUUUCCAUUCAGAUCCUUCUCCUCCAGAUAAAGAAAGGACAGAUCUGUUUGUUUAUAGCAUUAGCAGUUGAUUCCAACAAUCAAGCUGCCUCUGCCUGCUAUACCGUAACACAUUCGUAUCCCUAAACAUUAAUGAUAUUCCAGAUGACCAUACUCCAUGGCAGUGAGGCAGUAACCUAUUUGAAACCUCAGUUGGGAGAGGAGAUGACAUUAGAAGAUGCAAUGAUAAUUCAAGUCAUAUUAUUCUGUGCUGAAGCUGUCUCUGUACAUGUCAGCAACAUAAAGAGCAGUGAUGCUACUUAAGAAGUGUACUUUUUGAGAUGUGUGCCUUUUCAAAUGUAUAUAUUUUGUAUGUACAUAUACUUAUACAUAAUCAUUCAUGUAAGUUAUCUUUUGAUUAUUUACACAAUAAUCUCUUAGGUUGAUUUGUUUUGUUGUUAUUAGAUUGUUUGUAUGUUAAGGAAAAGACUCCUCUCAAUUUAUCUCAAUUUGACUGAAGUAUUAAUGCUUGCAUGAAAUCAAAUGCCCCCUCCCUGCUCCCAGACAUCAAAUGACUUUCUUGAAUAAUGCUCAUUACAUUCACUUGGAAGACCUUUCAGAGAAGGUCAGAGAGAAAGUCAGAUAUUAUGGGAACUUUUCUCACAGAAAAGAAUUAUCAUUAUAUCCUUAUGCAUACAAUCUUAUAGUUCAAAAACUAUCUUCAAAAAUAUAUGAAAUUGCCCUUUUGUCUAUUACCAAUUUGUCUAGUUGAGGUAUGUUGAGGUAGUCAUUUCAUUUUAGUCGCUGGAUAGUGAUAUCCAAAGCGGCGAUCUAUCGUGACCAAAUUCAUAGGCUAAAUCAUUCAUUUCUGUUUCCACAGAAAGAAUGCCAUUUGCCUAUCACUAAGUGAGGGAGAAAAUUGAGUCUAUCAUCCCAUAUGCAAUGGCUGUUCCCCAUGCUUUGAAUGCUCUCUUUCCUAGUCUCUGCCUCUUGGAAUCUGGUUUCCUUAAAGGCUUAACUUAAAGGACCACCUUUUGCAUGAGAUCUUUCCUAGUCCCCUUGCUGCUGCUUAGUGCUUUCCCCUACAAGGUUAGCUUGUAUCUGCGUUUCAUGUGUGUGCGUGUGUGUGUGUUCUAUAUAUACAUAUAUAUGUAUGUGCAUGUUGUUUUCCCUUUUAGAAUGUAGACUACAUUAAAGGCAGAGACGUUAGCUUUUAUCUGUAUCGCUAGAGGCUAGUGCAGUGCCUGGCAUAUAGUAGGUAUUUAAUAGGUGCUUGCUGAGUGAUUGAUUAGUUAUGUUUUGGCUGAGUUUUUUUGUUUGUUUGUUUGUUUUUGCCUGAGAUUUAUAUAUAUGAAAGAAAAUGUACUUUUGUCUUGAAUCUUCUGGAUAAUUGCGAGGGAUGUCUACUUCACCUUGCAUGUAUGGGUGCAUUGUUAAAGACAGAGGCCCUAUUUAGGCUGUCCUAACCUCGCUUUGUUUGUGUCUAAAAUACAAAUUACUGGUAAUCGUGCCUUAUGUUUUAGGAUAGUAGAAAGGUUUUCCUUAGUAAUAUUUUUGCUUGUUUUUUAGUAUUCAAAUUAAUCGUUGUGUUUAGUAAUUUUAGAAAAAAAUCUACAGAUAAACCAAAUGAAUUUGUGCCUCAUAUUUUUUUUUCUUUGCUAUUUGGUAUAUAUAGCAAGAGAAAUGUUGUCAGAAUACUUGCUGAGUUAUUUGACAAAUAUAUAAAAAUCAUGUAGAGCCCACUCUUUACCUUUGGGUGCUAAUUUUAGAAGUUGUUUCUUAAACAUUCAUUUCUAUUUCCUUUGUACAAUGUUUUCAAAUUCUUGCAGAAUGAAAAAUUUUAUAAUUGUAUAUGCAUGAUACAUAAUACUGGUUUUAUAUGUUAAAAUACUUCAUUGUGAAAUGUAUAAUUAUUUAUAAUUAAAAUAAUUUUCUGAUCACAU